GAUUUCAGUUUAUUACUGCAUGUUUUCCGUUUUUCCCAGUAAAUUCAACAGAAAACUAUGAAAAUCAGGCCACAGAAACAUGUUCGGUUGGGAUUCUCCGGCAAAUCUAAGCAGCAGCGCCGGUCAAAUCAGCCGAAAACACGCAAAGAAAUUCGUAAGGAUAAGCGACAACAGAAAAAAAUCAACCGGUUCAAUUACCACAGCCGGAAGCGGAAGGACCGCUACCCACAGGACGACGAGCAGACUGAGAAGCGAAAGCGCGAUGCGGAGAGUGAGGAGGAAGAAGAAUUUGAUGAUGAGGAAAUUGAUUCCGACUUUGGAGAGGAUGUCGAGGAAGCACCUAAGAAAGUGAAAAGUGGAGUUGAAGCUAUGAGUCAAUUGGAGAAGGAACGACAGGAUGAAUUGAAGGAACUUAGAAGCUACGAGCAAGGGUUGAAAGAAAAGCGAAUCGAACAGAUGGAAGCAGCUAACGAGGAGGAUGAUAUGAUUAUCAAAAAGUACGAAAAACUAUUAAAGAUAAACCGACGCAAGAAUAAGGAUGGAGUGCCGAAAAGUUUCAAUGAUGGUUUGGAUUAUGCGUUGGAACUUUGUACGCAGGAAAACAUCAGAAAAAUGUACGAUGCUGCCAAAGAGGCAGCCGAUAUGGAAGAGCACUCGGAGGAUGAGUUUGCAGAUGAUGUGCAAGAAGCUUUGGGGAAGAAAGCUAAAAAAGGUACGGAGAUGAAGGAGAGUGUGUCAAAGAAAGGGAAGAAAUCCCAACUUGAGAAGGAAAAGAAGCGUAUGGAACAUUUGAAAGCAGUGGAGAAAAAGUAUCUGGGCGACGACGAACGGGACAGUUUGGAAGGAUAUGAUUCCGAAAUGGACAUAGAGUUGGAUGAAAAUGCAGAAGAUGAUUAUUCGGAAAAUGAUGAGCUAUACGAUUCUGAGGAUGAUGCCAUGAGUGAAGAUUUGUCGGAAGAGGAAAAGGAGGAGACAAUUCCCAAAAAGAAAAAGGACAACAGCACCAAAAAGGUAAAAUUCCAAGAGGAGAGUAAACCGUCUAUGGGAAAGAAAAAGAAGAAGCAAGUUGAGCCAGAAUCAGAAUCAGAACCAGAAGAGGAUUCGGAAUUCGACGAGGAUGUCUUUGGUGGCGAAGAUGAUGAUGAUGAUGAUGGAAAUGAUGGUUUAGAUGAUCUUCUUGAAGGAAUUGCCUCGGCUGGUGAAGAUGAAGACAACGAGGAAGAGCCGACUUCGAAAGGGAAAGAUGAUGAAAAACCGGAAGUUUGGGAAGAUAUCUACGGACGAAAGCGUGACAAGGUAGGAAAUGUAAUCAAGGAGGAUUCAGGAGCUAGGAAGUAUAUUCCUCCUCAUCUGAGAGCUCGUAUGGAAGCUGAACAAGGUGGAGAUGCCAAACGCCAGGAGAAACUGAUGAGACUCAACCGACAACUUAAGGGACAAAUCAAUCGACUGGCAGAGACUAAUGUUCACAGGAUUUCGAUCGAAUUGGACAAUUUGUACAUGCAAAAUGCCCGAUUCGAUAUGAACAGCACUCUGACGAACCUUAUCCUGGAUGCAGUUGUGUCCACAAGCUUGUCGCCCGAACGGAUGGUGCUGGAACACACGCUUCUGGUAACGAUUUUGCACGCCAACGUCGGAUCUGAAGUGGGUUCUCACUUUUUGGAAACGGUCGUCGAACGGUUCGAUAGCCUCUUUAAGCAAAUCGACACCUCCAACGUGGAAGACAAGACUCUGGAUAAUUGCAUUCUAAUCCUGUGUCAUCUGUACACGUUUCAAAUAUUCAAAAACAAGCUCAUUUAUGAUGUUAUCGAUCAGCUGCUUUCGCAGUUCAACGAAAAGGCUGUGGAGUGCGUUCUGUUAGUGUUGAAAUCCAUCGGGUUCGUACUGCGAAAGGAUGAUCCGCUUGCACUGAAAGAAAUGAUUCAGAAAGUACAGAAAAAGGCUUCAGAGGCGCCGCCGGAGUUAAAGAAUGACACACGCGUCAAGUUCAUGCUGGAUACGCUACUGGCAGUGAAGAAUAAUAACAUGAAUAAAAUUCCGCAAUAUGAUCCUACCUUGGUGGAGCAUUUCCGUAAAAUUCUCAAGGGUAUGAUCACCAGCGGAAAGUACGUCAGCACGCUGAAUAUUGGUCUGGACGAUUUGCUUAAUGUGGACGAACGGGGCAAAUGGUGGCUGGUGGGUUCCGCUUGGCAUGGGAAUAAGGAUGGGAAGGAAGCUGGCACCAAUAGCACCUUAACAGGUGGAGAAACCGGAGAGUUCAGUCAACAGUUGUUAGAAUUGGCGCGGAAACAGCGAAUGAACACAGACGACAAACGAAAUGUGUUCUGCGCGAUUAUGAGCGCAGAAGACUAUCUGGAUGCUUUCGAUAAAAUCCUUCGACUAUCGGUCAAGGAUCAAAGAGUGGUGGCUACUGUUAUUUUGCACUGCUGCCUAUCGGAGAAGGACUACAACCCAUACUACAGCAUACUGUCGCAGAAAUUCUGCGAAUAUGAUCGUCGCUACCAGUUGGCCAUCCAGUAUGCCAUUUGGGACCGGUUGAAGGAAAUUCACUCACUAAAGCAAGCUCCUUCGAGGAAUUUAGCCAAGCUGCUGACUCAUCUGAUAAGCGAAGGCGGACUAGCGCUAUCCGUCCUGAAGGUGAUCGAGUUUGCCGAAAUCGAUAAGAUCACACUGCGGGUGGUAAGACAGAUCAUGCUGGGCAUUUUGCUGCUGGAAGAGGAAAACAAAUGCCUGCAGGUGUAUAAUCGGAUUGCUCCCAGCUUCAAGCUGAAGGCAUUCAAGGACAGUUUGCGACUGUUCUUGCAUCAUUUCCUGCUGAAGGGAAGCGACAAAUCGAGCGUCCCGGAGGAGCAACUACAGCUGCUUCAGCAGAGGAUCAAAAUGGCCGAUCGGAUGUUGGACACUUCGGAGUCGAGGGUGAAGUUUUAGGGUGGAGUCAAGAAG